AUGAACAAGAAUAAUAACAUAUUAACUGAUGAACAAUGGUCACAAUUAUGUGAAGCAGUCAAUAUAUUUGAUCAAAAUGGUGAUCGGACCAUUCUCAAUCAAGUAUUAGUUUCACUUAUGACAACUAUAAUCUAUUCUCUUGAUGAUGAUGAUGAGGAUGAUUAUAAAGAAAAUGAACUUGCAAUCACUUUAAUUGAAAGUGAAGUUGCACAACUUAUUGAUGUUAAUGGUGGUUCAAGUUGGUUUUGUCGACGUCAACGAAUUCAACCUUUUAUUCAGAAUAAUCAAACCUUUGCAAAUUAUCUCAUUAAUUUAGCAAGAGCCAAGUCACUUGAUGCAAAUAAUUCUGGUUUCAUUCCAAAACAAACUAUUAAAAAUUGUUUUGCACCACAAUUAAAUGAAAAGAAAAUGGCAGAACUCUUACAAUUUGUGGAUAUGGACAAAGAUGGAAAUAUCGAUUAUAAAGAUUUUGCAUUAUUGAUGUUCAUUAUGAAAUAA